AGCCACUGGCUCUCUAACUCCACCAACGCGCCAACGCUCCCCCCAUGUCGCUCUUCACCUCGCUCCUCGCGGUGGUCCUCCUCGCGGGCACCGUCGCGGAAGCGGGAAGCGCCAAGCAGAACGGCACCGCUCUGCGCAAGUCGGUCGUGCAGGUGGCCGCCAACGGCGCGGCCACCGCCACUUGCGGGCCGCUAGAUGCGCCGGAGAAUGCACAGUGCAAGGAGGUCGUGGAGUGGGCGGCGGGCGGCGGCAAGUGGGACACCAAGGCUGGAAGUUGGUAUCGCAACAUGCCCAACAUCGCGGGGGUGAAGCAUGACCAGGCCACCUUGGCGGAUUUCCAGCGGCUGUACUACUGCGCACCACCUGGGAAGGACAAGUUCUGCGGUUUGCCGCCCUGCACCGGUUGCAGCGAACCGCCCUGCACCGAUUGCUUCGCCGGGCAUCAGCUCUACGCGUCCAUGCGGCCCGGCUGCGAUGGCAACGACCGGAGCAUCGGCUGUGUGCCACCCAAGACGGCGAUGGGAUAUAAAGGACAGCACUGGCCCACCACCGUGGUGCAUGGCGCUCAGGAGAUGCACAUCUUUGCCAUUGGCGACUGGGGCGGCAUGGACGGCUCCCUCGACACAGCGCAGGGCCGGCUCAACAUCGUGGCCUACGACUGGGGCAAGCGGCCGGGACCCAGCGUCUUCCCGCGAAGCCGGUGGAACAAGGCACACACCGUGCAGUUGUGCGACCACAAGCAGUUGGUGGAGUGCUUCAACACGCGAGGUCAACCACCCUGCAUCCCAGAGUGUGGCUAUGUACCUGGUGUGGAUGACAAUCCACAAAUACUGGUGGCCGAGGCCUUCAAAGCGCGAGCUGCCUUGAAGGAUCCUCAGUACAUUUUGAAUGUCGGCGACAACUUCUAUUGGGGCGGCAUCGAGAAGACCUGUGGCGAACCGAUGAACAAGAUCGCUUACCCUACGAAGCAUCAGUUCGAUCAGAUCUUUGAGGGUGUCUACCAAGGGGCAGGUCUCAGCCACAAGCCGUGGUUUUCGGUCCUGGGAAACCAUGACUGGGGAGGCUUCAAGUUCGGCAAUGCUUGGGAUCAACAGAUGUCCUACACCUGGGCUUCCAACCGCUGGGUGCUACCGGCCCCUUACUACAAGACCUCGGUGAGCUAUGCGGAUCUGGGUUUUGACGUGGAUUACUACUUUUUGGAUUCCAACUUCGUGGAUGCCAAGCCUCCUGAGGAGGAUCCCAAUCACAACAUGUGCAGUCGCAAGAACAACAAACCGUCUGCCACCUGCGGAGCAGCCGAUGGCCCCACUAGUGUGGAUAGCUGCCCUGCGUGGUUUGCCGCCUUGUGGGCUGAGCAGAAAGACUGGGUCACUCAGCUUUUGCCCAAGAGUCAAGCGACCUGGCAGAUUGCAGUGACACAUUUCCCCUGUGGUCAUGAGCAGGGCUUCUACAAGGGCCUGGCGAACAUGGGCUUGGACUUGUUGGUGACAGGCCAUCGACAUGACCAGGAGUUGUGGUUUCCGGAUGACUAUGCCAAGAACCACAUGGGCAUCACCUGUAUCGUCACGGGUGGGGGGGGUGGAAUCACCUCUGAGGCCACUCCGGAUCCCGACCACACGGAAGACUGGUAUGGGGAAGCUCAGUAUGGCUUUUAUGAUUUGACCAUCAGCAAAUCGGAGAUCUUCAUUGAGUCCAUCAACUAUGAUGGUGAGGUCAUGUUGACUCACACUGUCUACCCAUCCCGAUGAGCAGUAGGCGUUAGGAGUUAGGAGCAUCAAUUCGAACGUUUUCGGGGUGGUGGACCGCAAACAUGCUCACUUUUGAGGCCCCGUGCGCACUAGGCUGCAUGCGUUUUCCGACCUGUCUCACAGACGUUGGGGCAGUGAUUUACAUUCUGGGUGGGUUCUGUUUAGCAGUGGACACACAAUGACACUGACAGCUCUUGCUUGAUCUUUGUCGAUGUGUCCAGAAGCCUGCUAUACAUUUAAUUCACACCCAGACAAUCUACACCUUCCUCUCUGGAGAAGACAGGGAGUCAAUUCGAAGGGGUGCAACCCCCCACAGCUCCACUUCGUGGUGAGCCGGGCAUGACAAAAACGGACCAUAAAUCAUUUCCAAAAAA